UAUUAUGAUCCAAUCAAGACUGUUGUACUUGCAUUAAUAGUUGCAAAUAUUAUAUUAAGUACAUCUCUUGUUGGCAGUCCGCAAUAAGAUAAUUUGUUGAAUCAUUAAUUAAUUUACUUUUUUCUCAGUUGAGGCAAAGAGCAAAAGAAGACAAAACAAGGCCUAAUUUUACACAUUUUUAUCAAAUAAUCGAUGUACACUAGCAUUUACAUGCCUAUCAAAGUAUUACUUUUAAUUAAUAUUCAAUUAUUAAUUAAUUUUUAUUUUAUUAUAAAAUUCUAACGGUAAGAACGAACUUGGAAUUCAACUUUAAAAAAAAUUGAUAUUAAAUACAUCGACUUUUUAUUAAAAAAUCGAUUAUAAAAUGAGCAACGAAAAAUCAUAUUUGUAGCAAAUGUCAGAAAAAACAAUUAUAAAGCAACAAAAUUUGUUGUAGAUAUCUCAUUAUGUCAUUUAAAUAAACAAAAUUUAAAGUAAAAAUCUAUUUCUAAUUAAAAAUGGAUAUUACUACUAACACAAAUCUUUAUCGAAAUUAUAAGAUAAUGUAAUGGAUUUUGUACAAGCUAGCGAUCAGAUAUAUAGAAGCUGAUACUUAACGAAAACGAAAUAAACACUAAAACUAAAAACAAAUUAAUUUAACAAUGGACACAUAAAUCUUUAAAUUUUAAUAUUAAUAAUUAGAAAUAACCAGUAAAGUUAAGAAAACGCAAUAGAAAGAUGCAUAUAAUUCAAUUAAUCAAUGAUUAUCGCAAUUAUAAAAAUAAGGACAAAAUGCACAAAAUUAAAUAUGUAAAAGACAUUAUACAAGAUUUGGAAAACUAUGGACCAGCUAGUUUAAUACACAUUGCUAUUUUGAGUAACAUACUUAAAAGACGCAUUAAUAUAUGGAAUGCUAAUGGUAAUUUAAAUAAGAUCAUCGGAAGAAAAAAAUUGGGACCAUCUAUAGAUAUUGAAUAUCACGCGAACAAUUCUGAACAAAUUGGUCACUGGACCCUAAGAGGUAGCAAAGAUCCCGACAACGUCACUAUUGAUUUAAACAGCUGCCUUUUUUCGGUGAUUGGUUCUCAAAUCGGGCAAGAUCCAUUAAAACUUCGUAAGUGGACUGUAUUAAAACUAGAGAACGAUUCUCAGAGUUUGGCUAAAUGGCUAGACAAAAUUCAGUGGAAGGGCAGUGCAGGAGUAUUCCUUAUGAUUGGCGGAGUAAACGGACAUGGACCCGAAAGUCCGAGAACAAAGUCCGAAGAAGUAAGGUACUCAAAAAGAUACCCAGCACACAGUCAGAAAGAAGACGCUAGACAGCUUCUGGAAGAUUCAGAGAACAUAGAAGGCGAAGGUGAUGUUGGUGACGAUAAACAUGAUCUAAUAGGACAUUCUAGAGAGCAGCAUGUUGUAGGAGGAAGAAAUGGAGGUGUCGCAACUUAUACUAGGAUAAAUAAAUGUGCGGCAACAUAUGCUUUUCAGAGUGAACAAGACCAAGACUAUGCCCUUCAUAGAGCAUUGCUAUCAAAAUCGGGUCAAGAAGCACUACAUAAACUUGACAAUUCCAUUAAGUCAGACGCAAAUAUACCUGUUUCAGAAUUAAAAGAACAAGAUGUCCCAUUUCCUAAAGGAAGCUAUUGGUAUGUGGGAAACAUGGUACGUGAUUCAAUAGAAAUGGAUAGUGUCGUAUUAAAAUUAAGACAUCAUAUAGAUAAACGAAGCGAAGAAAAUGCAAAGCCUCAUAUAGUUUCUAUUUACCCAUUCUUUAAACAGGAAAAAACAAUAACGUGUUUCAAAGGAUAUCGUCUAUAUCGUGAUUAUAUACAAAAACUAACUAAACAAAAAUUUGUCCUUUCAUCUACAUUUGAAAAACUUAAAGAAAUUCUCACAGAAGAUGGAUACUCAAUAAGAUACCCAUCAUCUAACACGAUAGAAAACGCUAAACAGAUUCUGGACAAUUCAGAGGGCAAAUCCUGCGAAGAUGAUCCUCGCAAUCCAAAAACUGAAGAUUUUAGAACAGGCCAUGCUAGAAGCAGGCAUGUCGUAAAAAGAAGCAAUGGUGUCAAUGGUGUCGAAGCUUAUACUAGAACACAUAGAUGUGAAACAAAAAGUGCUUUUCAGUCAGAAGAAGAACAAAACUAUAUCCUUCAUAGAGCAUUGUUAUCAGCAGAGGGUCAAGUAGGACUAGUUCUUCUUAACUUAAGAUUCUAUUCAGAAAUCGGUGUAAAAGCUUCAAGAUUAUCAGAAUCAAAUGGCUCAUUUCCUAAAGGAAGCAACUGGCAUAAUGGAAAAAAAAUAAAUGAUGAAGAAAUCGAAAUGGUCCAUAUAUAUUUAGGACAUCAAAAAGGUGAAAGCAAGAACAAUAGUGCAGAACCUUUUGUAAUAAAUAUGUUCCCAAGAUUGAAAAAUAAAACAAAAAAAGGUAAAAAACAAAAAGAACAAGAAGGUGCUCAAGCUGCUCCUGAAACUGCUUCUGCAACUACAUCUAAACCUGUUUCCAAAACUCCUCCUAAACGUGCAACUGGAGCUACUCCUAAAAUUCGUAAAACUGCUCCUAAAACUGCCUCUCCAACUACAUCGAAACCUGCUUCUAAAACUUCUAAAACUGCUCUAAAAACUGCUACUGGAACGAUUCGUAAAACUGGCCAUGUAACUACUCCUGAAACUGUUCAUAAAAUUACUCCUACAACUUCUCAUAAACCUACUCCUAAAAGUACUCGUAAAUCUACUUCCAAAAUUACUCGUAAAACUGCUCCUUAAAUUACUCCUAAAACUGCUUUUUAAACUGCUCCUAAAACAAUAGAAAUAAGGGGAAAUUCUAACUGUGGAACUCCGAAUGAGGAGCGAGUUGCAAGAAAGGUACUUGUAAGCGCGGGGGCAUGAUAUCACGCGGCAACUGUCAGAAUACACAUACAUAUGUAUAAAAAUACACAUGUAAUACAUAUAAAAUAUAAAGUAUUUAUAUAAAUAUAAAAAUGCAUUGGCAUUUUUUUUACAAGCUUAAUGUGUCGUAGUCAAACAGGUACUAACAGUAAAAAAGAAACCGUAUAAUUUUGUACAAUAAUACUUGAUUUAUCAAUAAAAAACCAUUAUAAAACCAUUAUAAAAAAAUGAUACGGGUCAAAAGUAAGAUGAGAAGACAAAUGAGAAGCAUUUUUAUCCUUACAAUCUUACUUCUAGCCUUACCUUUACAACCACCGUCACAACACAAAUGAACGCAUAAAUUGUACAAAAAAACGUCGAGUAUAAAUCGUUUAAUAAUGAAUGUAAUAUAUUGAUUAUAAAACUGAUUAAUUAUAAAAUAAAAAAGAAAUAAAAUGUAUUAAUAAAACGAGCAAUAAAAUUGGGAACCGCU